CAUCUUUACAUCCCGUUUUAGUAUUUACACAGCGCCUCUCUCACUUCGGGGUUAAAACCCUCCGACUCCAUGUCCCGUCAUUAUUUUCUAUCCCAUUCGCUUGGAUCCCUGGCUUUUUUCAUCGCUCGGCCUAAAUAUGAAAUUGGCAUAAUUAGAUAAAAGCACACCUAGCCGAGAAGAGCCCGUGAAAUACUAAACUCUAAACAUUCUCGCUCCCACCAUCUUUCAAAGGGUUCACGGCUCCACUUACACCAACACAGUUAUCUUCUUCUUCUCUCCCUUCUUAUUCCUUUAUGCCCUCGGUCACAUCGGCGAAACCUAUUCCAGACCGACCAACUCUACCACGUUAUUUCCACAGACAAUACAAACGGUCGAGUUUGUGUCCGCUUGGUUGAUGUGACCGAAGCAAAUUUUCUUGUUGUCAAACGGCGGGAAUGGGACGGAGCUCUUAUAUACGAUCACGAAGACGAAGCUGAAAUUGAAGAGAGCUUAGAAAUGGCGGGAAAGAAUGAACGGAGUGGGCUAUAUAGCAACGUCCGAAUAAAUCUCAUGUUGCGAAACUGAAUAGGGUGAGGCGAGGGAUCCCUUUUUAUUCAUUCAAUCUUCCAAUUUUAUUUGAAGAGGAUAGACGAUAGAAAUGCAGAAAAUUUCAUUCACGUUUUACUUCGCUAUACCUAUUGCUUUAUCAGAUACUGAAAAAUGGUGAAGGAAUACUAUCUUUUUCAUACUUAAAAUGCAUUGCCUACGUUAGGAAAAUAACCAAUGAAUUGAAAUGGCAAAUUGCUUCAUUUCUUUCUGUAAAUAUUAUGAUUAAAUAUCAGCUGUUUUUUAAUUUUUAUAAUACUUCCUUGAUGUCGGCGGUAGAGAAAGUUGCCUGCGCGUUGAUUAACUAGCUUGACUCAUUUAUUGUUGCAACAUUUACACGUUAUCAAUAUCAAUUCAACUUCACUUUGUUGAAUUGAAAUAAGAAACAAUUCAAAAUAUUUUGAUUUUCACGGUCCGUUUACUUGGACUCUAGAGAUGAUUCACACACACAAAAAAAACAUUAGGCCCUAACAUGAUAUUGCGAAGACAAAAAUAUCUUAUUAUCACGGCGCAUGAAUAAUAUUCGGUCAAAGGAUUACAGAAUAAAAGACAAGACAAGAGGGGGAGAGAGAGAAAAUUAUUAUCUUCAUUUUUUAUAAUUUCAUUUAAUCAUUUCAUGCUUUGCACAUCAUUGUUGAAAUUAGGCUAACAGUAACUUGUUCAAAUUAAGUUUUAUUUCCUAGAGGCCUACAUGCACGAAUGUCAGAUAGCACCAGAAAUAUAUUUUUGGAUAUGCUAAAAUAAAUAAAUCCAUAUCAACAGUUAAUAUUAUUCAGUUGUGUCUAUUAAGUCGUAAGGGGUUUUCACCAAAAAAAUAUAACAAGCAUUUCUCUAACAUUCACUAACAGUUCGCUGUAGACACAAUAGAGUUAGGCAAGAUUGAGGCUGGCUGAGAAGCUUACAUCCCGGUCGACACCCCGCAUGCCCCGCGUACACACACCGCCGAGCCAGCGCAGAAUUCUAUUACUUACAGCGACCUUAUAGUACUUUCUUGGGCAAAUAUGGCCUAGAUAGUUAUUCAGUAGUAAAUUAGGGCAGAAAAAGAGGGGGUUUGUCCAAGCGGCUGCAAAGGGAAACAUAUUCGGUAAAAUGAGAGAAAAAAGAAGAAAGGGAAUGCGAUGAAAAUGGUGCUGAUGGUCUGAUUAUAGCUUUGCAAAUGUUUAACGGGCUCACUAAAAAGUUUGUCUUCGUUUUGAUUUAUAUUGUGAACGGCGUCCGAGAAGGCGGGCUGAAAUUUAAGUAAAUAAUACAACUGAUGCCAUAAAAGCCGGCUUGGCAAACUGAGUAAAUGAGUUUUCUUUCUAAUUUUUAGUUUGGAAAGUGUUUUUUUAUAAAUAAUUAAAGCCAUUUUGAUGGAUUAUUGUGUUAUAUGAUUUUAGCAAAAAUAAAACUCUGAACAAUAAAAGAAUAUAAUUAAAAAUACAAUAACAUUGAUGGAAAUUAAAUGCCUGUAUCUGUCAAUAUCAUUUGUCAUUCUAACGCCAAGUCAAACUUAAGGCAUAUAAGAUUAAAAUUUAGAUUCAGAUAUAUUAUUUCUCUCGUCGGCUAAAAUGUCAAAUAAUAUGUGUAUUUAAACAUUGCGGGAUAAACAAGUGCGAUAAGAUGUUUUGUCUUGAAUGUUUCACGGACUUUUCUGUAUUGGAAUGAUGUUUAAAUGCAGAGUCGCCUGGAAGCUCUGACUCGAAUGAAAUUUGUACUGGUUGAUGAGCAAGGAACUGUUUAGAGAUUUGGGGGGGAAAGCAGGGGGAUAUGUAACUUGCUAAUUCGUGUUGAAAAAUAUAUCCCAGAGAGAAAGGGGGUGUAGAUAGAAGAUAGAAAGAGGAUAAGGAGGAGAGAGGGAGAGAGAGAAAGAGGGAGGAGAAUCUUGAACAAAAUAAGUGAGCAUGGAUUACGCGCGCCCGAUUGGUUCCAUUGAGAUUCCGCGCAUGCUAUUUGCUAUUAUGCCAAAUAAGGCAGAAUUGGGCGGAGCUUGAUAUGCUGAUGAGGCUUCGUGUGGGGGCAGUGAGGGGCCGCUGUGCACGCUGUGUGUAUCGGGGAAGAAAGGAGGGAUGCGCCGGGCGUGCAUCCCCUGGGGAGUGGAGUUCCAGAGGGACGAUUGCCAGCUCAGCAGCGGGCACUUGACGGGAACAAAAGGGAACCCCGGGAGAUCAGGGAGAAGCAGAAGUCAGGGUAGUUGGGCUUAGGUAACACUCACCGGUACCGUUAUCCUUGCACGUGAACUGUUGGCUAUCCAGCGAGCCAGACACCGCAGAAUAUCUCCCGCAUCAUCUGAUCAGGCUAAACAUAUACCUUUGACAAUGACAGAAACACAUUGACAGUGGCGAUUCCAAUACCUGUACCCAAAAUACCCAUCACAGCCGACGAUCAUUUAUAUAGUACUUUCUUUCUCCCUAGUCAGUUUUCUUUCCAGACCAUCCAUUGGUUGUCGAUGGUUCUGAACAGGUUUUAUUAUUGAGAGCAGAUAGAGGCUGAACGCCAGCGAGUUGAUAAGGCACCGGUUCUGAAUUCAGAUUACCCAACAGAACUUUGCGGAGAGAAUAUAUCAAUUGCCGACACUCUAAACCACCGCGACUUUUAACCCAGCCGCCUGUUUCAGAGGCAAAUCUUCUCUCAAUCUGGGUUUUUUCCUCUUUACUUCUCACUUCAUCGCUUAAACCAAUCUGUACGAUGAAGCAACAGACCGCUCGUCCCAUGAGCCAGUAAUCAGACAGCCGACAAGUGGCCGUGGAGUCUCCCUGAGCAGCCCGCUCGAGACCGCAUGCUAGCUUGUAAGCAUCCCGUACGGACCCACUUCAAGCGAAGCCAGCUUCAGCGAACGUACCAGGGCGCAUCCAACUCUCCAAACGCUCACCUCUCACCACGCCCGCGGUUCACCGAGCCAAAAGGCCGCCGUACCCCCGCAUCUCCCCGCAGACCCAAUUGCUGAUACAGUAAACGACACAUCGGGGAGCAGACACUAGCGCUUCUCGCUUCAUCAUCUUCUUUUCAACCAAAACCACUCGGCAUUAAUUGCUCAGAAUAAUAAUCACCAACUCCCUCAGCUACCAUCUCUUUCUGAUAAACUAGCGAUUUUCUGCUUGCCUUAUCCGUUCUCUUCUAUAUUUGUUUCCACUUUUAAAGGAACACUAUACGUUUUAAACCUGGACUUGUUUUGGUGAUCGUGGCUUGAUCGGGAGAUACUCUGUUUUGAUAAACACAUGUUCGGAAUCCAGGAUUCACUCACCAGGGGUUCGACCAACCUCAAAGAGGAACCAAUAAUCACGGCGCAGGUCGGAUCGGCUGCCGUCAGAGCCGGCUGGAUGCAGCCAACCAUGGUCGAUCAAAGUGCCAGUUCGUGUGGGAUGGCCCGUGCUCACUUCGAAAAGCAACCUCCAAGUAAUUUACGAAAGAGUAAUUUCUUCCAUUUCGUCAUCGCCCUUUACGACAGAGCCGGUCAACCCAUCGAGGUCGAAAGGACAGCAUUUGUCGACUUUAUCGAAAAAGACAGGGAGCCGGAUAACACAAAGACUAACAAUGGCAUUCAUUACCGUAUACAACUCUUAUAUCACAAUGGAGUACGAACUGAGCAGGAUCUAUAUGUGCGACUUAUCGACUCCAUGACUAAACAGGUAUGAUAUCAAAAAAAAAAAAUCAAAUCUCAAUCGCUAGUUGUAUAGAUUUAUAUUAAAUCACUCCAAUAUCCAGCUUUUUUUGCCUUUGGGGUGUCGCAAUGAACAUGCGUUUACCUUUCAUUGCAAAUCAAACUCAAUCAAUGGAAAAGGGUUAUUGCAAGAAAGUAAACUUGCAAACGAACGCAAAUCAACUAUAAUUUGCCCGUGACCAAGAGAAAGGGGUAUAAUGUUGGAUCUAAUAUGCGUGAUUAGGAAUGGAACAUAAGUUUCUUGCAAUGCCCCGUUACGUAGUCUCAUGUGUAUUCGACGGACAUUGAACGUUAGUGAUGAAUUAAAAAUCAUAUAUGGAAGCAUAAAUGAUAAAGACAUUUCUAGAAAGAUGAAACCGCAUCGAAAGCGAUGUGAGCCUAUACAACUUCUUCUUUCCUAUAUCAUGGGUGUAUAAUAUUAUCUCGUGUUGCUGGACUGCAGUACAAAAAAAGUCGGGUGUAUUUACAUGUCUCAUCCCAUUGUUAGCUUCUUCGCAUCGAUUAGAUGGCACAAAGAGGGGGAAAUUGGAUUGAAGUCACUUAAAAUGCCAAUGAAAGUGAUCCCCAUCGCCACCUGUUUCAUAUUCCAAAUUUAAUACCAGCAUCUUGGUGGAGUCGGUGGCAGUUAUUGUCCAGGGGAGUCUUCCACCAAGCAUCUUGUCAGUGAAUUUUUCUCUGACUAACUCGCUCUGGGCCAAUCAGUUUCAAGGAUUUCAGUAGCUUUUAACAAAUAUUAAGCGAAGCUGGUAAAACUUUUGUCCGACAAUCUAUAGUCUCUUUCAUCAUGGAUCUUGUCCAUAAUGGUGGACCUGCUAGAUGAGAUGAUGAAAGAACUCCAUCUUGUCUUUUCUUUGUCUUAAGAUACCAGAUUUUUUUGUCUCAUAAGAGGUUAUCUAGAGAACAAGUGUCUUGCCUGUAUUGAAAAACUUUGAUCAUAUUCCUUUAAACAAACUCGAAUUGUUUAUAGUCCUCGAAUAUAAAAGGUUGGCAACAAGUUCGAGAUUGGAACAAACAAUGGUACAUGCCGCCAGAAAAUACAUGUAGCACAAGUGUUAGCCGAGCUUGGCCCACUUUAUUAAAAAUGUAAAGU